GGCUAGGUUGGACUCCAACGCCUCGUGGUGCGACGAGGACCUCAUGGCCGAUCUGGGCACCGAAAGAGUUGCCCGCCGGCCUCAAUCCAUGGACUCGCCGCGCAUCAAGACGGCAUCUGGGUGGGGCCUGCGCCAGCGCGGGCGGAGGAGGCAGAGGCUGCCCCGCAGAGACAGCCGCAGCCCUCGGCGCCUGCCCAGCGCCCCCAAGGGCGAGCGGUGGCACUCGCAGCUGGAUAACUUCACCUGCGAGCUCACCGGGUACCGCCGGCGGCCCAUCGUGGUCUCUGCGAGGCGAGCGCGGCGGAUGCAGCGCGAGCAGGAGAGGGAGGCCUGCGUGCUGACGGCGCCGGUGCCGCAUCCGCAGCCGGCGGUGCCGAAACGGGAGUACAAGCCUCCGCCACCUCUUCGCCAAUCGCUGCUGCAUCGACCUGAAUUUCCUCCGGCUGCGGCUGCCAACGAGGCGGACCCGCGGCCUGCGGCGAGCACCGCGAAGCCGCUCGUGGCUGGCGGCUUCGCUCCCGCGGCGAGCACCGCUAAGCCGCUCGUGGCCGGCGGCUUCUCCCCCGCGGCCCCCCGGGCGCGUCGGGAC